GACGGUCACCCAGUCUUAUAUUGGAUACAGAUGCACUCAAAGUACCCGUGUUUAAGCCAGUUUGCAAUUGAUAUGCUAACUAUCCCAGCAUCAAGCUGCGAUUGUGAGCGGCUCUUUAGUGAGCUUGGUGACCCCCUAGAGCCCAAACGACGCGCUAUUGGCAGCGAGCUACUUGCUGCUCUUCAAUUGGUGAAAGCGUGGGUAACAGCUGGUUUCAAAACUCAGCCUAACGGUAGCGCUGAGGCCAACGAUAAGGACGAUCUGUCGGAUGAGGAUCUUGUACGUGACUACAAUAUACAAGAGUGGACUACCUAG